AUGAAAGAAAAUAUGGUAAAAUCAUUAGUGAAGAAAGGUACUGAAAUCCCUCUUCGGCGUAUUACAGUUAAGAUGACGGCAGUUCAAACAGUACAAUUAUGUGAUUUUGUUUGUAAAAAUACCCUCAAAUUAUUUAAAGCCUUGGAUAUACCUCAAGAUUUUUUAAAUCCGCAUCCAAGUACUUGGGAAAAUAAUAAUGAUUUCAUUGAGAGUCGUAAAAGGAUUCAAAAUCUGAAAGUAGUAAAUGAUGCUGCUGAACGUGGAAUUUCAUUAAUUCAAACAUUCAAUGGGAUACUUACCAACCAAGAGGAGCAAAAGCAAUAUCUUUUACAAGUAGUUGAACAACACGGGCAGAAGUAUCCAAAUCCAAAUAGAUCAACACUAAAUGAUUGA